GGACGGGACUCGUGUGGGCGUGGCCGAGGGGAGGGGUGGGGCCUGCGGCGCGGACCGGGCGAGCGGCGGAAGAUGGCUGCGGUUGUGGCGACCGAAACGCAGCUGAUGCUCGGAGUCGGGCUGAUCGAAAAGGACACUAAUGGAGAAGUUCUGUGGGUUUGGUGUUACCCUUCCACGACAGCCUCAUUAAGGAAUCUGCUGCUCCGAAAGUGCUGCCUAACAGAUGAAAAUAAACUUCUGCACCCCUUUGUCUUUGGUCAGUACAGAAGAACGUGGUUUUAUGUCACUACAGUUGAAGUUCCAGAUUCUUCAAUUUUGAAAAAGGUGACUCAUUUUUCUAUUGUUCUCACCGCCAAAGAUUUUAACCCAGAGAAAUAUGCCGCCUUCACUAGGAUAUUGUGUAGGAUAUAUCUGAAAUAUGGGAGCCCAGUUAAAAUGAUGGAGAGUUAUAUUGCAGUUCUUACCAAGGGUAUCUGCCAGAGUGAAGAAAAUGGCUCUUUCUUUAGCAAAGACUUUGAUAGUCGAAAGGCAUAUCUUGCAGGUUCCAUCAAAGACAUUGUGUCUCAAUUUGGAAUGGAAACUGUUAUCUUACACACAGCAUUGAUGUUGAAAAAACGAAUUGUUGUCUAUCACCCCAAAGUAGAAGCUGUCCAGGAGUUUACCAGGACUCUGCCUGCCCUGGUGUGGCAUCGACAGGAUUGGAGCAUCCUCCAUUCUUACGUGCACCUCCAUGCCGAAGAACUAGAAAGCCUGCAGAUGUGCACAGGAUACAUUGCUGGCUUUGUGGAAUUGGAGGUGAGCAACAGACCAGACCUCUAUGAUGUGUUUGUGAAUCUGGCAGAUAAUGAGAUCACCAUCGCUCCACUUGCAAAAGAGGCCAUGACAAUGGGCAAACUGCAUAAAGAAAUUGGUCAGCUAAUUGUGCAGUCUGCAGAAGACCCAGAGAAGUCAGACAGCCAGGUUAUACAGGACAUUGCCCUAAAAACAAAAGAAAUCUUCAACAAUCUAGCACCAUUUUCAGAAGUGUCAGGUGACGGGGACAGGGGAAAGAUUGUCCUCAGUGUUGAGGCCCUGAAGCAAAAGCGAUUCCCACCUGCAACGGAGAAUUUCCUUUACCAUCUAGCAGCAGCCGAACAGAUGCUGAAGAUCUGACAGUCCACAGCAACACCAUACAGAACUUCCUUUCAUUCUGGGUGCCCAUUGGCAUUAUAUAGUAUUGGAAUUACAGAGGAAAUGUUCUAUUUUUAAUGAUUUAUUUCCAAGUAUUGAGAUCUCACCUGAGAAACACAUAAAAACAAUUGUGGUUUUUGUUUUUGUGUUUGUUUUUUUCUCCCUGCCAAUUUGACCCAGUGCUGGACAGUGUUUUAACUACUGUCCUAAUGGUAAGAGCCAUAUGCUGUCCCAGAGUUAAGGAGUCACACACACAGAUGAGCACAUGCAAGCCUUCAUUGUGUGUCCCUGUUUGUCUCACUGUAUCCAUAACAGUUUAUUUUCAGAAAGCUGCCUCACAGUUUGCUUUUUAUUCUUCUAGGAAAAAACUUGAAUUCCUCAUGAGAGAUUUUACUUUCUGAGCCAAAUUGCUAUGUUUUCUGCAGAAUUACCUAGAAUAUCAUUCAAGAGAUAUUGCAAUUGCACUUUCUGGUAAAAGAAAAUGUUUUGGGGCUUUGGAAUUUUUGCCUAUAUUAUGGAGGUUUUUUGUAGAUUUUGUACUUGAUUAGAACUCUUUGACUAACUGCUUCUAGCAGUGCCUUUGGGAAAGAAGCCAGUCCCUGUAACAGAGGAGCCCCUUUUAAUAUAAGAAACAACACCUGUUUUUUGUUUGCAGUGCUGGAACUGGAACCUGGGGCCUUGCAUAUGCCAGGCAAAUGCUUUUCCAGUAAGCUAAACUCUCAGCCCAAUAAUGCUUUCAUAUAUUGGUAAAUUACUUCAUAUUGCAGAGGCCAAAACCAGACAGUGUCUUCAAAUGACUGCAAUAAAAGUAAUUUGGUCACAUCAUAAAAGAUACUUAUUGGACCUUUUUGUUUGUUGAGACAAGGUUUCUUUGUGUAGUGCUGGCUGUCCUGGAACUUGCUCUGUAGACCAUACUGACCUUAAAUUCAGAGAUCUGCCUUCCUCUGUAUCCCGAGUACUGGGAUUAAAGGCAUGUGACACCAAUGCCUGGCUUAUUGGCUUCUUUGUUUGAGACCUUAAAACUGCCAAGUAAGCACAAAUGUCUAAAUUAGGCAUUCCUAUGUCUACUCAUGUUAAUUAUAAAAGGGCACUUUCCUUCAGUACAGUUGCAGAACCUUCAAACCUUACCAGGAAACAUGUUUGCAUAAAUGUUAUCUAAAUUGGGUCUUUUUGCUGGGCGUGGUGGUACACACCUUAGUUCUAGCAUUGGGAGGCAGUAGUAGGUGGAUCUUUGUGAGUUCAAGGCCAGCCUGGUAUGGAAUGAGUUCCAGGACAGCAAGAGCUGUUAUACAGAGAAACAUUGUCUCAAAAACAAAACAAAACAAAAAAGUUGUCUUUUUAAAAUCUUAUUGUUAGACAUUUAAGUAAAAAUAAAAAACAACUUUUCCCUCUUGUCCUAGGGUGGGAACAAAGAGGACCUGAAAUAACUUGUUAACCGGAACUAACAAUUGAAGAUUAAAUUUGCACUUUAUGAAAAG